AUGGCAGGUGACACAGGCAACCAGGAGCCCAAUCCCUUGGAGAUGCGGGUCAUAGGAUUGGAAUCGAGUGUGAACGAGAUCCUUGAUCUCCUUCGCAAAGCAGUGACUGCCCUGGUCGCGCCACUCGUUCAAGGGCCCCCCCCUUUGAUCCCUUAUGUGCCUCCUCCUACAGCCAACACCUCUAUCGGUAUGUUAUCAAUUCCUGACUUCUUUCCUGAUGUCGAUGCUGCAAUCGUGGUAUCUAUUGGCAAGCACGAGUUCAAGCCGCAGCAGCUUGGCAAACUCAUUCCCAGCGUCACUGCGAAGGCAACCACCACAAUGUAUGCUCUUGAGGACAGCACAUUACGUGCAAUGGACAUGGCCCCCAUCAAGGACCUCCCAGACUUCUCCACCUUCAUGUGCACCUUGGGCGUGUAUUUUCAAAUCCUUUACUGCUACACCGGGACGCCUGGCAGCAUCCAAGCAGUGACCGAUGUUGCCAUCUCCACCCAGGCAUACACCAACCUCCUCCACGAAUAUUCUCAUUACUUCAGCUACCCUGCCAUCCUCACCUACCACAUCACUCACCACUCCUGUGGCAUCAGGGAGAUGAUCAGGGGUGAUUACUCCUUAUGA